AUGUCUUCAUUCGUCCCUCGCGCCGCAAAGCGGUUACGGCUUUCCACUCGCACCGUCACACCUCUGCCCGUCCGCGCCUUCUCGUCUUCGCCAUACCUCGCCGAGCAAAAACGCAACGAUGAGAAGACGACGCAUUUCGGUUUCGAGAGCAUUGCCGAGUCAUUGAAGGAGUCCAAGGGUAAGAAUACACCCCUACACACUCCAGUGCCAUGGAUAUACUGUCAUCAGCAGCUAAUCGCUUCAUGCGACANNGUCGGUGCCGUCUUCAGCUCUGUUGCCUCCUCGUACGACACAAUGAACGACUUCAUGUCUCUCGGUAUCCACCGCCUCUGGAAAGACCACUUUGUCCGUAGCAUCAACCCCGGCAGUCAUACCNCCGGCGCACCUCAAACCGGUUGGAAGGUCCUGGACAUCGCAGGCGGCACCGGCGACAUCGCUUUCCGCAUUCUCGACCACGCGACAAACAUAAACCACGACCCAAACACACACGUCACAAUCUCAGACAUCAACCCUGACAUGCUUGCCGAAGGUCGCAAGCGCGCUGCCGCCUCCCACUAUAACGGCACCGGAAGACUGGACUUCGUAGAGGCCAAUGCCGAGAACUUGCACAUGAUUCCCGACAACAGCAUGGAUCUGUACACCGUCUCUUUCGGUAUCCGUAACUUCACACACAAGGAUAUCGCUUUGAAGGAGGCAUUCCGCGUCCUGAAGCCUGGUGGUGUCUUCGCCUGCCUCGAAUUCAGCAAGGUCAACAACCCCGUCUUUGAUUUCGUCUACAAGCGAUGGAGUUUUGCCGCCAUUCCUUUGAUCGGCCAGGUCGUUGCUGGAGACAGAGACAGCUACCAAUAUCUUGUUGAGAGUAUCGAGAGAUUCCCCAGCCAGACUGAGUGGAGGGACAUGAUCAAGGAGGCUGGUUUCGUUGUUCCCGGCGGUGAGAACGGUCAAGGUUGGGAGGACUUGACGAAUGGUAUCGCUGCCAUCCACAAGGGCAUCAAGCCUUUGAAGUAG